AUGAAAUUAAUAUUAAGUUUGUUUUUGAUUUUGAGCCUACAAUACAACAUAAACUGUUCAUUAAAUGAUAGACUUGAUUGUUGGUUGGAAAAUGAUUUUAGCGUCGAUAAGGUCUCCUGUGAACAGAGAGGUUGUAUUUGGGACGGAGAGAAACGGCCGAACGGCGUUCCCAUUUGCUAUUUAGACCGCAAUCGAGUGGGCUAUCGGCGGGUCGGCGAUAUCCGCAAUACUACGACCGGUUUACAGUUGGAUUUGUCGCUGAAAGACAGUGCCCGAUCGGUACUGACAAAGUCACCGCAAGUAGAGUCAGUACGGGUUGAGUGGACAUAUCUGACGGAUCGUAUUGUUCGGGUAAAACUUGUGGACCCGACAACCAAGAGAUAUGAGGUUCCCAUUCAGCAAAACUUUCCGCUUUUAGUUGACAAACAAUUAUCAGUAGUUGAUCCACAAAAACUACAAUACAGUGUAGACAUUGGCCAAGAUUUGGAUGACUUUAGUUUUUCAAUACAGAGAAAGUCGACAAAAACUAAAAUUUUUGAUACAUCAAUCGGUGGUCUGAUAUUUAGCGACCAAUUGCUACAAAUAGCUACCCGAUUGCCGACGGCCAACGUGUACGGUAUGGGCGAAAAUACACACCAUUCCCUCAGACACGACUUUAACAAUUAUAAGACGUUUCCAUUGUUUACACAGGACAGGGGUACCGGUGAUGAACAAUUCAACUAUUAUGGUGUCCAUCCGUUUUAUACAUGUCUGGAAAGUGAUGGUCAAUCUCAUGGCAUACUUUAUCUAAGCAGCAAUGCUAUGGAGUAUACAUUGCUCCCGGAGCCGGGCCUAUCAUUUAAAACACUGGGCGGUGUAUUAGAUAUGUUUGUGUUUGUCGGCGAUAAUCCGGAACACGUGAUCGAGUUGUACACAUCGCUGAUCGGACGACCAAUUUUGCCGCCAUUCUGGGGACUGGGCUUUCAAUUGACUCGUUGGGGAUAUAAAGGUACAGAUGAUGUGCGCGGAGUAAUCGAUCGUAAUUUAAAAGCCAACGUUCCUCUGGAUGUCAUGUAUAUGGAUAUCGAUUACAUGGAUCAAUAUCACGACUUUUCCUACAAUAAACAAGCUUUCGGUCAAUUGCCUCAACUGAUUAAUGAUACCAAAACCAAUAGUAACCUUCACUGGACACUAAUCCUGGAUCCGGCCAUCGAAGCCGUGGACAAAGACAAUCAAGUAUUUAUGGACGGCUAUAGUCGCGAUGUUUACGUCAAAUGGGAUAAAAGUAUUGCUAAGAAAGACAGAUAUAAUCCGCCAAACGUACCAUCAGAUCGUGAUGUAUUGUAUGGAAAAGUAUGGCCCCGGGGACCGGUAGCUUUUCCUGAUUUUUUCAAAAAUGUUACCCAGGACUGGUGGCUUAGGUGGGUCGUCAAACUGCACAAUGAUCUCAAAUUUGAUGCCCUAUGGAUUGAUAUGAACGAACCGUCCAAUCUGAUUGAUGAUAAAGUCUAUCACUGUCCACAAAAUAAAUACGAUUAUCCAGCUAUUAGGACAAAGGUUCUCUAUGGUAACAAUAUCCGCGAUUUGGGUCACAAAACCAUAUGUAUGACUACCAGACAGGGCGAUAACAAUGGGCACCUGCACUAUGACGUCCAUUCAUUGUACGGCCUAACCGAGACUAUGGCCACACAAAAGGCUAUACAUGCAGCGACCGGCAAACGUGGGUUUGCCGUUUCCCGUUCAACAUAUGUAUCGUCGGGCCGGUACGGCACCCACUGGUUGGGCGAUAAUACCAGUGAAUGGCCACACAUGAAGUACUCGAUAAUUGGUAUACUCGAGUUCAAUAUGUUUGGCAUUAAUUUUGUCGGACCAGAUAUUUGCGGUUUUGGCGGCAAUACAACACCCGAACUGUGCAAACGGUGGCACCAAUUGGGCGCCUUCUAUCCGUUUAGUCGUAACCACAACUGUAUCGGUAGCCGAGAUCAGGACCCGGCCUCGUGGAUAACGGCCGGUCAUCCUGAGGUCACUGAAGCCAUGAAAGUGUCAUUUGGUUUACGCUACAAACUGCUACCCUAUUUCUAUACAUUGUUCUACAGGGCUCAUACCCGGGGCCAGACAGUGGCCAGACCCGUGUUUCACGAGUUUCCCACCGAUAACAAUACCUAUUCAAUUGACGAACAGUUUAUGUUUGGACCGGCAGUACUGGUGUCACCGUUUCUCUAUGAGGGUCAAAAACAAGUGAAAGCCUAUUUACCCGAUAACACUGUAUGGUAUGAUUUAAAUCUAAACCGAUCGAAAUCGGGUUAUAUAGCUAUCGAUGAUUAUGGUAUAAUACCCGUACAUUUUCGAGGCGGUUAUGUACUGCCCAUCAGUUCCGACUAUCCGCAUGUCAAUACCCGAACCGUUAGAGAGGGCGGUAUCAAUCUGUUGGUAUUACCCGAUCAGAGUGGCCGAGCCGUCGGCGACUUUUUCUGGGACGACGGCGACAGUAUCGAUACUAUCGAAAAAUCAGUGUAUAAUUACUAUACGUUUUCGGUGGCAAACAAUUCGCUGGAUUUGCAAAUUGAAAAACUAAAUUAUAAGACAAAACAGUUAUUAAAAUCAAUAGAAAUAUUGUCCAGCAAUGAGGGCCAGACAUGGACUGUCACAUUGGAUGACAAACCAUUGCCGUCGGUCAAAGUUAAUCGAGGAUUGGCCAACAUUGCCGUCAACAUUGAUUUGUUCGGCAAAUCGGUUGGACAAAAGUGGACACUAAAAUGGAAACCCGUUUGAUUACCAAAAUUUGAUUAUAUAAUUAAUUAUUGAUAUAACAACUAAAAUAUAAUUAACAAAAAAAAAGUUAUAUUAAAGUACUUAAAGUACUUAAAGUAAUUAAUUAUUGAUAUAUGAAUUGAAUAUA